AUGGAAUUUUACGGAUUCGGACUAUCACAUGUGAUAUUUGUGAUAUGCGUCUCCACCCACCCAAUAGCGAUACACCAUACAAUGGUUCAAGGCUAUCAAAAUUUAUUGAUACUUCAAAAAAGGCUGAACCUUAAUUACCAAGCUUUAAAAAUUAGUCGAUUUGUUUUAUUUAAUAUAAGCUUACCACCAUUGGAAGCCCUUAUCUGUGCAACCUGUUCAGGAGUAAGUAUUAAUUUACUACCAUUGGGUAGUGCCAAUGCAUAG